AUCCUGCCUCACAUGGCAGGCUGCAUGCUGACAGGUAAACUGUAAGGGUGAUUUCUUUGCCCCGCUGCAAUGGGAGAUUUCGACGAGAGUAGUCUUUACUUUGCGCUGUGACGGAGCUCAAACGGUAUGCAAACAGCCGAGAGACAGAGAGACGGGCAGAAAGAGAGAGAGAGUCAUCGAGAGAGAGAGAGAGAGAGAGAGAGGGGAGGAUGAUGUCAUAGUUUUUAGUCUGUACCAUAGAAGAAGCAGAUGGAUGCAGGCUUCCUCCUUUUCUUGAGUUCCUGUCUCCAUCUCCAUCCCCAACAUCAGCCUCAGCAUCAGGACUCAUCGAGGACAAAGAGUGACAAACCGCACAAGCAGAGUCUGUUCGGGUAAACUGUCUGCAGGUGGAGGAAACAAAGCGGAAAGCCUUCCUGUUGAUGGAUGUGAGCGGAUCAUCAGCCGAAGGAGAAGUCCGAUAAAGACGUGAUAUGGACCAAAAUAUCGGAGCAAGCUCUGGGUCAGUCCUCUUUUCUGUCUUUAUUCUGUAUUAUGAGCAGGCGGCAGUCUAGAGGAGCUAGUCCUGCCCAGAAAGGAGGAGGAGGAGGAGGAGAGACACACAGAAGGGUGUCGACGGAGAGAGGCAGGGGUAGAGGAGAAGAGGAGGGGAGGAACGGAAGAAAAAUAAUAGAGUAAUAUUACAAGCUUCCAAUAAUGGCGGCUAAAUCGGACGGGGUCCUGAAGAUGAAGAAGAGCGACGUGGCCUUCACCCCCCUGCAGAACUCCGAGCACUCUGGCUCGGUGCAGGGGCUCCACCCGGGCGCCCAGCCCGACUCUGCGGGCACCGGGGACGGAGACUUCGUCAACGGGGAGUCGCGGUGUUGCGGCGGCGGAGGCUCCAACUCGACGUGCCUUCGCCUUGGCAGAGAGCAGCAGAAAUACACAGUGUGGGACUGCUUGUGGAUCGUAGCCGCAGUGGCCGUGUAUCUGGCCGAUGUGGGCACCGACGUGUGGCUGUCGGUCGACUACUACCUCCGCCGCGACUACUGGUGGUUCGGCCUGACGCUCUUCUUCGUGGUGCUGGGCUCCUUCUCGGUCCAGCUUUUUAGCUUCAGAUGGUUCGUCCAUGACUUCAGCACCGAGGACGGAGCCGAAUCCGCCGCCGAUUGCUCUCACAUGGAUGGGAAUAAGCUGCUGAGCGGCUCGGCCUCGCACGGCGACGUUACCGCUCAACACCACCCGGCUACGCCGCAGAGACAGGCGUCGACCGCCAGCAAGAACACCACGACCAACAGCACCGCGAGCACUGCGGUGGGCAGCAGGAGUAGGAAGCGAUCGGCCUACUACUCCUUCUGCGUCUGGUUCGGCCAGUCCGUCAUCCACAUUCUCCAGCUGGGCCAGAUAUGGAGGUAUUUUCAUACCAUCUACCUGGGCGUUAGAAGUCGUCAGAGUGCUGAGACGGAGCGCUGGCGUUACUACUGGAGGAUGGUCUAUGAGUUUGCAGAUGUGAGCAUGCUGCAUCUACUGGCCACCUUUCUGGAGAGUGCUCCACAACUGGUGUUGCAGCUGUGUAUCAUUAUACAGACACACAAGCUCCAGGCUGUGCAAGGUAUGACAGCAGCAGCCUCCCUUGUCUCUCUAGCCUGGGCCCUGGCCUCCUACCAGAAGGCCCUGCGAGAGUCUCGCGAUGACAAGAAGCCCAUUAGCUACCUGGCUGUCAUCAUCCAGUUCUGCUGGCACUUCUUCACGAUCGCUGCAAGGGUCAUCACCUUUGCCCUGUUUGCCUCUGUGUUUCAACUCUACUUUGGCAUCUUCAUCGUCCUGCACUGGUGCAUCAUGACCUUCUGGAUUGUCCACUGUGAGACAGACUUCUGCAUCAGCAAGUGGGAGGAGAUUGUCUUUGACAUGGUGGUGGGCAUAAUCUACAUAUUUUCCUGGUUCAACGUCAAGGAGGGACGAACAAGGUGUCGACUUUUCAUCUAUUACCUGGUGAUUUUGGUGGAGAAUGCUGCUCUCAGUGCAUUGUGGUAUCUCUACCGAUCGCCUCACACCACUGACGCCUUUGCAGUGCCAGCACUCUGUGUCAUCUUCAGCAGUUUCCUCACUGGCGUGGUUUUCAUGCUCAUGUACUAUGCCUUUUUCCAUCCCAAUGGGCCACGCUUUGGGCGUUCGCCAAGUGGCCAGGGUCUCGACCUGGACCCCACCUCUCAGUUCUCUACAUUACCAUCUGAAGGUGCCACCAACUCACUACGUUCCAACCGAGGUGCCACCACAACCCUGGAGCGUGACAUGGGGAAGUAUUCUGAGCGGGAUGGCUGCAUGCCAGUUUUUCAGGUCCGACCCACAGUGCCAUCCACGCCAUCGUCUCGUGCUCCACGCCUUGAAGAGACCGUCAUCAAGAUCGACCUUUGUAGGAACCGCUACCCAGCCUGGGAGCGUCAUGUACUCGACCGCAGUAUACGCAAGGCAAUCCUGGCCAUAGACUGCUCGCUGACUCCUCCCCGGCUGCAGUACAAAGAUGAUGCACUGGUGCAGGAGAGGUUGGAAUACGAGACCACGUUAUAGUUCCACCCUGCCCUCGGAACCCACAGAGGAGUGCAACCAUUUAUUCUGCUAUCACAUGAACACUAACAGGGACUGUGGCAAUAAGAAUUUGUUACUACCAACAAUCUCACUUCUCAUCUGUCGUUACCAUUUUUCUUUUUCUAUUCUUUAGCAUUAGCGCCCACCCAGGAGCAUACAGCCCUGUUGGUAGUGAUCUAAGGAGCAAUUUGGCGCAAGUGCAGUUGAUGUCACCGGAUGUGUUUGUGUUCUUUUUAGGGUGGUUGCUAUUAUUUUUUACUUCCACUCAUCAGGGAAAUCCCAUCUGGUAUGAACUAAAUGCAAAUCAGCAGAGUGCCUCAACACUCUACUCAGACAGUACAAGGUGCUGAUGCAUUAUUUGCUUAAGUCUGAAGAAGUUAGGGAUAAAUUAAGCAUAGGUCCAUGUCCAUUCAGAUGGGUUUUAAGUCAUCAGAUAUUCCACUUUAACCUAAAUGACACCUGAAUUAUACAGGAAUUCCUCUAAUGUGAAGAGAAAAGGAAACAAUCCCUCAUUCAGCGUCAGCAAAGACUUAAAACUGUCAUAUCUGUCUUAAUGUGUUGGUGACCUACUGUUUGAAAGUUCUAAUGAUGUGAUCCCAUAGCAGCCACAACUACUACUUCCAUCAACAUCCACAUGAUAACUCAUCGCUCCUGUUCUCUUAGUGCCAAAAAGCUUCCUUGGACAUGUCCUCUAGAUUCUGAGGAGUAGGACCACUUUUGAGAUGGCUGGGAAGUCCAAAAAGUUCUCCUCUGGCCUAGACAUUUGAUUCCUCUUGGAUAACUAUGGUCUAUCGUGGAUGAAGGUCAGACAGAAAGUCAACUACAUGAAGACAAUGGUUAAAGUAGCAUCUAUACUCAGUCAUUGUGUUUUGUUUGGAUAAAGUCAACCAAACCUGGCAGGAAGGAAGAACAGGGAGAGAGAAAGAAGCGGUGAAGGUUGAACAGUCACAAGCUCACUGCCUUUCUCCCAUGAGGAAAUAUAAGUCAAACUCCCACAAUGCCAAGAAAAAAAAAUCUUCCUGGCAGCUCAACUCAACUAUUUUCAGUCCAGCCACAUCAACCUGGCUGUGCUGCGAUACUGAUCUUUGCUUAUCUGUGGAGGCAAAUGUGGAGGGGAGAGCAGAAGAAAUGAGCAAAGUGCCAGAUAGCAAUGAAAAGGAGACGACAAGAGAGGAUGAUGCAGGAAAUGGAAAUGAGUCAGUGAUGGAAAAGAAGAGAAAAGCAGGCAAGCAGCCAUCUCAGCCAAACUAAACCAACCACCAGGAUGUACAGUACUCUGAUACAACAUGCAGCAUUUUUUACUUUAGAGAUGAUGUAGAGGGUACUGAAGUCAUUGUGAGUCUGUGUUUUUAGUGCUGUGAGUGUGUAUGUGUUGGCAAUAGGCGAUGAAGGCGUGUGUGUGUGUGUGUGUGUGUGUGUGUGUAUGCGUGUGUGUGUGUGUGGUGUUCAAACAAGAGAAGCAGCUCAGGAGGACGUGUGCUUGGUGUGUGUAUCGCUAUCAUCCAUCUUUGAUAAACACACGUCACCUUCUGGGAAAAAUGUUUCCCAGCAGCUUUUAACUUUGUUACACCAAGCCACACAACAUAUGUUAGCAUGGUGCUGGUUGUGUCCACUGGCUUUAAUGAGAAAUGCUAACCAAGUGAUUUUUGGUUAACUGAAGUGCCACUGUCAAAGCUUAAUUUAAGACCACCACUAUAACACAUAUCAUGGUUCUGGGAAGGGUAAAUGAUGAAAUCCUGAAAUUUUCAUUUAAUGAAUUUUAAUGCAGGAAAACACAGCACAUUCUUAUCCCAAGUCGUCACAUAUCGCUGCUUUGUCAGUGGACUUUUAUGCCUACAUAUUACGUGCUAGGUAUCCUCCUGAGUCUGCUGUUGAUGUUCUGGAAUGCCACAACCAAUGCCGGGAGUUCAACAAAAGCAUGUGGUUAGGUUUGAAAAAAAAAAAAAACCCAUCAUGAUUUGGCUCUACAUUCAUACAGGAAGCUAACACCAGGGUCCUGGACCCAUCCACCACAACUCCUGCAUGCCCUAUAGGGACUUUCCAAGUCCUCAUAUCACAUUGUUACCUGUAGUGUUUCAAUCUGAUGCUGUCCUGUGGUAUAUCAUACAAGUGCCCUCCAGCCACGUUAUGAAAUGACAAUGCUUGGUAGUGUAUCAUACUGCUGCAACAGGUGCUGUCCAGCCCGGUUACAAACUGAUGAUGCCCGGCAGCAUAUCAUACUAUGGGGAAAGGUGGCUUGUGGCAUCAGUGUGUGAUGCUGAAAUCAGCAACAAAGCAGUGGUAUUUGGCGACUUCAGCAUGAGAACAGACUGGAAAAAGACAAAACAAAAAGCAACUGCAGGCUGGUGCAAGUAACAAAACAUGAUUUAAUCCAACAGGAAUUAAUAGGUCCUUUUCACUUAAGUCAACACAAGUUGUGUAAAACAAAGACGGCACAAUGUUUCUCCCUCGCUCAUACAAUGGGGGCUGCUCAGCUGCAGCCUAGUCAGUGCUGUAACUGGUGGCCAGAUGAUAUAUAAAUGACACUGCACACCUCUCUAUCUGCCAUGGUAAUAAUGUUUAAAUAACACAAAGACAUUCACCAAAAAGAGUUUGCCUUUCAAAUUAAUGCAACAAAUGAAAAGAAACAAGGGGAGAUGGUAAAUUUGGAUUAAAUGGUGAAUGGUGAAGUUAGGACAGCACAGAUGGUGAACUAUACAGGGAGAAAUGGGUAGAGGGUAGUCAGAGAAUCAAAGUGAGGUGGAUUUCAGCUAAGCUGUGGCUCUGACUGAAAACCUUUUGAAGGUGAUCAUAAAAUUAUAGCCAUCCUGUCAUCCAGUGAGUUCAGACUUUUAGCAUUUUCCCCAUAAUGUUCAUACUGAAAAUGAACUAGGUUUCAUCAGAUCCGAUCAAGAUCAGCAGUGUGGUGUGUCUUAUAUCAGGGCAAGACAGUACCUGAUGAUGAUGAUGAUGAUGAUGAUGAUGAUGAUGAUGAAACAACUUUCUAAAGCCUUGCUAGUGGCACCUGGAGACAAGAUCAUGUGAUGAGGUGUUUGAGGUCAUAAACAACAUUCUAACAAUGGUGCUGAAAAUGUAAGGUUUGCCCUGGUGGUGACAAGGGAGGGAAGAUCAGGGCCUCACCAUUAAGAUUUCUGGUGGAGACAUUAAAAUCAAGAGCAAACUUAAUUCAAUUCUGAAAAUUUGUUUUCAAGAUACCUUGUGAUGUCCAAAUGUUAGUCAAAUUACAUUUUUGAUUGACUGGUGGCAGGGGUCAGGGGGUCACCAAAGUCAUCUUCUAGGGUUCAUGACUAUACAUACUAGGAGUUCUAAUUUAAGUGUUGGACCAUGGACUGUAUAUAAAGAUGGACAAUGCUUUUCCACUUACCUCCAGUGUACAAAAACAAAGCCAACAUAUCCCAGAUAAUGCCGCUGCCAUCUUGGGAUGGUGACGUCAUUUGGAGCCAGAGUCUAUGCAGUAGCCAUCUUUGCUGGUAUCGAGUUCCUGCCCAAUCUCAAGCAGUACCAUUGAUUGCGAGCACACUGAUUGGCACAAGCAGAUGUCAAUCAUGACAUCAACCCCC